UUUUCUAAAUUUCUACAAUCGUGGUAGAAAUUUGGUGUACACCCUUGGCAACAUUUCAUGUUCAACCAGAGUGCCAAUUAUGUCAAUUGUAGAGUUAGCCACGCAACUAGAAUUGUGAAAAUAGACCCUAUUCAAAUAUAAGUAAAGUUUAAUUUAGUUGUACGCAAAUAUACUUUAUUGUUAAAAAAAAGGUUAUCCAACAAAACUACUGACAUGUCACUUUAUCUAUAACUGUGUUUACAUAUCCAUUUUACGUAUUACACAGAUUUUACAACAAUAAUCACACAAAACUCAUUAAAUGCGGUAGCCGGCGCAAAAUGUUGAAAAGUUUAAAGCAGGAAUCCGCGGAGGAGCUGCUAGCUUGUCGCAUAUGUCUCGCGACGGACACUCAUUUGUGUGGGAUUUUGGAGCACCGAUUGGAAAAUGCUUUCAUUGAUAUUACAGGCACUACCCUGUCAGCAUGGGACGGGUACCCGCAGCACAUCUGCGUGGCGUGCCACGCGCUGCUGCGCCGCGCGAGCGACCUGCGCGCGCGCUCCCGGCGCGCGCAGCGAGCACUCAAGAGGAUCCUCAUGCUGCAACAUACUAUCACAACUGACUACAUUCGUACAGUGGACCGUAUCGCCGAAGGCCUAAGUCUGCCGCUCUCCAUCUCUGUCUGUUCUGAGCCCGUCCUCUUCCAACACGACGACAACGACGAUCUUAUAAAAGUAAGUUUUUCUUAUACCUACCUACACAUAGAGUUUUUAUGGUGGUUUUACCACACCGUCACUGAACAAUGUAUGCAGGCUUAGCUUGGUCUAACUUCAUUUAAUUUCAGUAAGGAAACAUAACAAUUUCCUGUGCGAAAGUAAUAAUGUGAGAUCUUCUCUUUCCUGAUUUGAAUUUAUUUAGCCCAUUAGCCGUCACUUAUAGUCUUAUAGGAUUCUCUAAUUUCUCUGAAACUCUGGAGACUAGAAAAUUUAACUAAAAUUACUCAAAAUUCUAUAGGACACAAUGCAUUCCAUUAUUUUCUUCUUGUUCCUCGCGUUGUCCCGGCAUUUUGCCACGGCUCAUGGGAGCCUGGGGUCGGCUUGGCAACUAAUCCCGAGAAUUGGCGUAGGCACUAGUUUUUACGAAAGCGACUGCCAUCU